CGGGGAUUUAGCGUUUACAUUCGAAACGGGCGCCCCCGCGCGCCCCCCUCUCCCCCCCUACCCGCGCGCGCCGCCCGGCGGUGACCGUUUCGCUUUCAUUUCCGGGCGGCCGAGGGCGAGGAGCGGAGGCGCGGAGCGUCCCCGCAGUGCCCCCCCCCCCCCCGCCGUGCCCCCCCGCGGCCCGCCUUCCGGCCCCCCCGGCCCCACCCCCUCGGGCUCGGCGUGAACCGAGAUUCCCCUUCCCCUCCCCCGCCCCGGCACACACACCCCUCCUUCUCCUCUUCCCCCUCCUUCGCCGAGAGAGAGAAAGGGAAGGGAGGAGGUGCCGGGCCUGGGUCUCCCGCACCGAGCCGCCGCGGCACAACAUGGAGGAGCUGGUGGUGGAGGUGCGGGGCUCCAACGGGGCCUUCUACAAGGCAUUUGUAAAGGAUGUGCAUGAAGAUUCUAUAACAGUUGCGUUUGAAAACAACUGGCAACCAGAGAGACAAAUACCAUUCCAUGAUGUGAGGUUUCCGCCACCUGCAGGCUAUAAUAAAGAUAUAAAUGAAAGCGAUGAAGUAGAGGUUUAUUCCAGGGCAAAUGAAAAAGAACCCUGCUGUUGGUGGUUGGCUAAAGUGAGAAUGAUAAAGGGUGAGUUCUACGUAAUAGAAUAUGCAGCCUGUGAUGCUACAUACAACGAAAUUGUCACAAUUGAGCGUUUGAGAUCUGUGAACCCCAAUAAACCCGCAACAAAAGAUACUUUCCAUAAAAUCAAACUGGCAGUUCCAGAAGAUUUAAGGCAAAUGUGUGCCAAAGAAUCUGCACAUAAGGACUUCAAAAAGGCAGUUGGAGCUUUUUCUGUAACAUAUGAUUCUGAAAACCACCAGCUUAUUAUUUUGUCAAUCAAUGAUGUAACAACAAAGCGGGCAAACAUGCUGAUUGAUAUGCACUUUCGAAGUCUUCGUACCAAGUUAUCCCUGAUACUGAGAAAUGAAGAAGCUAGCAAACAGUUGGAGAGUUCUAGACAACUUGCAUCACGAUUUCAUGAACAGUUUGUUGUACGUGAAGACCUAAUGGGUUUGGCCAUUGGCACUCAUGGUGCUAAUAUUCAGCAAGCCAGAAAAGUCCCUGGAGUGACUGCUAUUGAUCUUGAUGAAGAUACUUGCACAUUCCAUAUUUAUGGAGAGGAUCAAGAUGCAGUGAAAAAGGCAAGAAGUUACCUUGAAUUUGCUGAAGAUGUCAUACAAGUACCAAGAAAUUUAGUAGGAAAAGUAAUAGGAAAAAAUGGAAAACUGAUUCAGGAGAUAGUGGACAAAUCUGGUGUUGUAAGAGUGAGAAUUGAGGCUGAAAAUGAUAAAAAUAUUCCACAAGAGGAGGGAAUGGUACCAUUUGUGUUUGUGGGAACCAAGGACAGCAUCACUAAUGCAACUGUUCUUCUGGAUUAUCAUCUUAAUUAUUUAAAGGAAGUGGACCAGCUGCGUUUGGAAAGAUUGCAAAUUGAUGAGCAGCUUCGACAGAUUGGAGCUACUUCUAGGCCACCACCAAAUCGUACAGAUAAGGAAAAAGGGUACAUGACUGAUGAUGGUCCAGGACUUGGACGCGGUAGUCGACCUUACAGAAACAGAGGGCAUAGCAGACGUGGUCCAGGCUACGCUUCAGGAACUAAUUCUGAAGCAUCAAAUGCUUCUGAAACAGAAUCUGAUCACAGAGACGAACUUAGUGAUUGGUCAGCAGCCCCAGCAGAAGAGGAACGAGACAACUACCUUCGUAGAGGAGACGGGCGAAGACGUGGAGGUGGUGCAAGAGGGCAAGGAGGGAGGGGUCGUGGAGGAUUCAAAGGAAACGAUGAACAGUCACGAACAGAUAACCGUCAGCGUAACUCAAGAGAUGCAAAAGGGCGAACAGCAGAUGGAUCUCUUGAGAUCAGAAUUGACUGCAAUAAUGAAAGGAGUGUCCACACUAAAACAUUACAGAAUACCUCCAAUGAAGGUAGUCGGCUGCGCACGGGUAAAGAACGUAAUCAGAAGAAAGAGAAAGUGGACAGCGCAGAUGGUCAACAGCCGCUGGUGAAUGGAGUACCCUAAACUGCAUAAUUCUGAAGUCAUAUUUCCUAUACUGUUUCAGUAAUUCCUAUUCCAUGUUAGAGAAACUUGUUAGGCCAAAGACAAAUAGUAGGCAAGAUGGCGCAGGGCAUGAAAUGAACAUAUGUUCUCUGUUAGCCUUUUUUAACAUCAACAGUAUGCAGUUGUUUUCAGAAUAAGAAGUUAUUCAAAUAUUUGCAUAAAAAUAUCUGAAUUUCCGAAAAUCGCUUUCAAGUACAUAUUGCAGUUCAAACAAUGAAAGAUUCUUUUUUGUUUGUUUUAAAAAUACUGAGCUGUGCAUUGGUAAACUUUCUGUUCAGUUGUACCAUUUUAACACAUCGGGUCAAAUUCACUGCUCAAUUUCAAUUUUCAGAAUAAAUAGUGUUUGCAGUAAUCAAAUUGGCUUCUGUUUUCAAUCUAACUUACAAGUUCUUCAUGAAAUGCUAUGUCGUUUUAUGUCCUGUGUCAGUUCACAUUCUGGUCCACCUUUUUCAAUAUUUUAGUGGACUCUGAAAUAUGUGUGAUGUAACAAUUGUCAUUUUCAUUAGCAAAAAAGUUGUAUGAUCUGUGCCUUUUUUAUAUCUUGGCAGGUAGGAAUAUUAUAUUUGGAUGCAGAAAUCAGGGAAGAUGAGUUGGUAACACUAAAUGUAAAAUAUAUGUAGCAAUCCUUGUCAGACGUUAGUACUUUAUAGACAAGUGCAUGCUUUCCAUAAUUUUUCCUUACGUAAACAUUGAGUUAGGCAGUUAUAAGAAUAGGAAAUUUAUUUUGCACUGAAGAUUUGGCAAAUAGUGUUAUUGAAAAAGGGGUGUAAUUUUUUUCUUUGUAGGCAGUACAGAAGCUUUUUUUUAAAAAAAAAAAUUAAAAAAAACGUUUCCAUUGUGGAAAACUAAAAAACUCAUUGUUACUGAGGGAACAAGUGUAAUGUGUUCACAAGCUAGUAAUGUGUGCCUGCUAUUUGGCCAGAUGACCAGUUCAAAGCGCUGAUGUUUUCCAUUGUCCCAAAAUUUUUUGAAUUGCUUCUUUUAAUUCAGGGACUAUCUCAGGAGAGGUAGGAAAAAAUCACCACGUGUAAUGCCCUGGAAAGUACAGAUAUAGUAGUUGGAUGUAUCGGAGAUAGAACAAAAAUUCAUCAUAUGUUGAGGUACAAGGUCUGAAUUACCAGCCUAUUUGAAGGUGUCACAGAAUUUGAUCCAAAAUACAGUCAUAUACCAGGGAAGGGUGGGAAGUAGUGGGAGGAGCUGUGCUUUCUUUUAUUUCUGAUCACAUAUUAAACUUACUGGGCAAAACCGUAUGAGGACCUUCAUUUUAAUCCAUUUUUAUUCCCAUUACUCCGGAAGGAGAGCCACUGUUCAUGUACAGAACUUUACAAACUUGACCUUGCCUCUGAUGUAUUUUGUGAGUUUUGUUUCUUUGCUUUUUUCAUUCUUUUUUUUCCUUGCAUACAGGUGAGCAUACUAAAAAUGGCAACGAACUGCACAUGGUUUAACAAAUAUAAAAAUGUCUUAAAAAGUAUUGCCAAACAUUAAUGUUGAUUUCUAGUUAUUUAUUUUGGGAAUGUAUAGUAUUUGAAAACAGAAAUUGGUACCUUGCACACAUCAUCUGUAAGCUGUUUGGUUUAAAAUACUGUAGAUAAUUAACCAAGGUAGACUGACCUUGUAAUGUAACUGCUCUUGGGCAAUAUUCUCUGUACAUAUUAGCUACAACAGAUUGGAUUUUAUGUUGACAUUUGUUUGGUUAUAGUGCAAUAUAUUUUGUAUGCAAGCAGUUUCAAUAAAGUUUGAUCUUCCUCUGU